AUGCGUCUCUCAGACGGGAUGUUAACAUUAUCAGCAUCCUCUGUUACAGAUAUAAUUGACAAGGUCCUUAUACAGGACGACCACGACAGGGACGGAUACGUGUCCUACCCGGAGUACAUCCAGGGCCGCAGGCGGGACAUUGAGAACUAUCAGCGACAGAUGGCGCAACAGCAGGGCAAUAUGCAGCAGCAACAAUACCAGCAGAUGCAGCAGUGGCAGGCAUUCCAACAGUGGCAGCAGCAACAACAACAACAACAACAACAACAGCAGCAACAGGCGGGCGGGCAUAUAAAGCCACCAGGUGGCGCUGUACAGUCCCCGCCCGGUGUACCACCGCCACCGAACUCACCUUCAAUGGAACAGAUGAAACAAUUUGAAGAAUUUCAAAAAUUCCAGCAGCAACCACAAGAAGUACACAACUUUGCACAGACACAGAAUCAGAAACAGUAUCCUGCAGACAUGACACAACUCCUGCCCUCCCUUCUGUUCAUGUUAGUAGUAUUGGCGAGGAUGGGACCAUGCGGGGGUCAACAAGGUCAAUACCCCGCUACUACUACUGCUCCUAACACUCCCGAAGAACCACCCGAAAAAGUCGGGUUUCACGACAACAAAGUUGUCCAUGAUGAAGCCCAUUUAAAGGAACAUCUGAAAGAGCAGAUAGAUACCAGCAAACCCAUGACACAACAGGAGAUGGAAUUCCACUACUUCCGCUUACACGAUGCGGACAACAACACCAAGCUAGACGGUUUGGAGAUAAUGGCCGCCCUCAGUCACAUGAACAACAUGUACGAUCUAACAGCGGAAGAAACGACAGGAAAAUCGGAACAGGAAGUAGCAGAACUUCAGCGCAAACGCAGUGAGGGGGCCACCAAGCACUACUCGGAUAUCAUAGAUAAAGUGCUAAGAGAAGAUGACUUCGACCAAGAUGGUUACAUUUCCUAUCCAGAGUACGUUACCGCUAGGAAGCGCGAUUUUGAUCGAUACCAUCACGAAAUGGCGCAACAACAAAUGAUGGCACAACAACAGAUGAUGCAACAGCAGCAGGCAAUGGCUCAAGAGCAGCAAUUCCGGCAGUACCAACAGUUCCAGCAGCAGCAGCAGGCAAUGAACAUGCAACGAUUUCAACAACAGCAACAACAGCAGAAGCAACCACUUCAAAAGCCGGGGCAAUCGGGUACACAGACGGCAGCAAUGUCUUCCCAACCCCAGCAGACAAAGACGCUAUAACAGGGAUAGGGGUCUAGCACGGAAUCGUUAAAUUGGAAUGUACACAGCAAUGGGACAUUAACCUUAUCAUGAGAUACAAUAACAGAAGUUUUAAAGACACAGCAAGGUCAUAAUCACGAAAGGGACACGGGCCAUAAUAAGAAAGGUUCCGAGAUACAGUUCUCUUCUUAACGGGAGAGUCAAAGACACAUAGUGGACUCUUCUUAACGGGAGAGUCAAAGACACAUAGUGGACUCUUCUUAACGGGAGAGUCAAAGACACAUAGUGGACUCUUCUUAACGGGAGAGUCAAAGACACAUAGUGGACUCUUCUUAACGGGAGAGUCAAAGACACAUAGUGGACUCUUCUUAACGGGAGAGUCAAAGACACAUAGUGGACUCUUCUUAACGGGAGAGUCAAAGACACAUAGUGGACUCUUCUUAACGGGAGAGUCAAAGACACAUAGUGGACUCUUCUUAACGGGAGAGUCAAAGACACAGUAGUGGGAAGAUCAAGGCUACAAUUAGGGAAGAGUCAGGGAUACAGCACUCAUCUUAAUGGGAGAGUUAAAAGCACAGUAGCGAGAGGGUCAAGGUCAUUUUUAGGGAAGGGUGAGGGACAAGUUACUUUCUUAACGGGAGAGUUAAAAACACAGUAGCGGGAGGGUCAAUGUCAUAAUUAGGGAAGGACCAAAGACAUAGUCCUCUACUUAACGGGAGGGUCAAAGUACCGUAGUUGGAGAGACAAGAACAUAAUUAAAAUAUAAACUUUAUUUAUUCUACAACAAUAAUGUAACAAGUUAUUUCAACUUAUAUUAAUCACUCUUGUUGGCCCGGAUGUUAGCGCGCGUGAAGAACAGGGAAGGGUCAGGGAUACAGUAACCUAUUUAACGGGGGUUAAGUGGGAGAGUCAAUGCCAUAAUAACGGGAGGGCCAGGGAUAACGUACUUUUCUUAACGGGAGGGUCGAGGGCACAGUAGUAGGGACAGGGGAACGUAAAGGGAAAGGUCAAAGAGACCAUACAAGGACAAAAUCACGGAUAUGUUAUUUACACAAUAAGGGGAGGGCCAAGGACACAGACAGUACCGGGGGAGGGGGCAGGAACAUAGCAAAGGGAUAUUUAAGGCAUAAUCAUUGGAGGGUUGGGGCAGUCAUGGAUGUGUCGGAAACAAUAAUAUACAAGUAGGCAAUACAGCAACAGAAGGGUCAAGGGUACAAUAACGAUCAAGGUCACAUUAACGGGAGGGUCAAUGGCGCAAGGUCUGGACAGACAUAGUAGCUGGAAGUCAAGGCCACACCAAUGAGCUACCUACACAAAUAUAGACACUAUUCUACAAUAUUUAACUUUCAUUAUUUAUUAAAUCUUAUGAAGCAUGUAUUGAUUGUUUGUUGUAAAAAUGUUAUUGAUGUGUAAACAUUGUAAGAUGGAUAUCGCAUUCGUCAAGUCAAUGUGGAAAUGAGUGUGAUUCUAGUCAGUGUUAUGGUCAGUGUGUUGAAGCCGUGUGUACGUUUUAGGUGUAUAGGUGACAGGAGAGUAUGUAAGUGUAGUUUGUAUGAUUUAGUUUGAUGUAUUUUCUUCUCUGGUAUGUUUGAGUUAUAUUUAAUAUAAGAAUGUGAUCGAUUUUGUACACGUGUAUUUAUUAAAAGUGAACUUAUUGCUAUGUUACACUAAUUUAACAAUAAAAACGAAAAUCCAGA